GGCAUUGCCGCUGGGCGGCUGCGGGAGGACCGUCCUCUAGAUCCUCCCAGGUCUCGGGUGACGGGAACUGGUGGCCCGGGCCGCUUCAGUGGCUCUCCACCGGUGAGGCACGCAGCUCGGGGCAGGAAUUAUCCUACGCAGUGGAACAACAAUGAACAAGAUAGACACCAUCUCCUGGAGCUCGCCCACAGAGUAGCUCACAAUGGCUUCCAGCUUCAGUGUAUUUAGCAUUGAGGUCUUUUUGGUCAUACUAUCUUGUGUUUCCAAGUCAAGUGAAGACUCUCUGCCAGAACUGAGUCCUCAAAAAUAUUUCAGCACACUGCAACCAGGAAAAGCAUCUUUAGCUUAUUUUUGUCAAGCUGAUUCUCCAGGCACCUCUAUAUUUCUUGAAGAACUGAAGGAGGCCAUUAGACCUCUCCAGGACUAUGGGAUUUCAGUUGCAAAGGUUAAUUGUAUCAAAGAAGAAAUAUCAAGAUACUGUGGAAAAGAUGAUUUGAUGAAAGCAUAUUUAUUCAGAGGCAACGUAUUGCUCAGAGAAUUCCCUACGGACACCUUAUUUGAUGUGAAUGCCAUCGUUGCUCAUGUUCUCUUUGCACUUCUUUUUAAUGAAGUGAAAUACAUUACCACACUGGAAGACCUUCAGAACAUAGAAAAUUCUAUGAAAGGAAGAGCCAAUAUGAUAUUUUCAUAUGUAAGAGCCAUUGGAACACCAGAGCACAGAGCAGUCAUGGAAGCUGCUUUUGUCUAUGGGACAACAUACCAAUUCGCCUUAACCACAGAAAUUGCCCUUUUGGAAAGCAUUGGCUCUGAGAAUAUAGAACGUGAACAUCUCUACUUUUUUCAUUGUGAAAUAGUCUUGGACUUGAGCCAGGAUUGUAGAAGAACGUUAAUGGAGCAACCAUUCACUACACUGAACAUCCAUGUGUUUGUUAGGACAAUGAAAGCACCCCUCUUGACUGAAGUUGCUGAAGAUCCUCAACAUGUUACAACUGAUCACCUGCAACUUGGAUUACCACUGCUUUUUAUUGUGAGCCAGCAAGCUACGUAUGAUGCUGACAGAAGAACUGCAGAGUGGAUUGCUUGGCGUCUUCUGGGGAAAGCAGGAGUUCUACUCAUAUUAAGGGACUCUUUGGAAGGGAACAUUCCUCAGCGUAUCAAUGUGAUCCUCAAAAGAGCAGAACAGGAAAUGGAAUAUUUAGUAUUAGAUGAUAUUGAUUCAUUAAUUUUCCAUGUGGAAAAUAAUGUGAAAUCUGAACAAAUGGAAGAAGGUGAAGAUGAAGAAAUGGAAAGUCAAGAUCUGGAUACUCAAGAUGAUGAGGUGGCAGAAACUGUUUACAGAGACAGGAAGAAACAGUUACCGUUGGAACUGACAGUGGAAUUAACAGAAGAGACAUUUGAUGCAACAGUGAUGAAUUCUGACAGCAUAGUGCUUUUCUAUGCUGAUUGGCAUGCAGUAUCCAUGGCAUUUCUGCAGUCGUAUGUUAAUGUGGCAGUUAAAUUGAAAGGUACAUCCACUAUGCUUCUCACUAGAAUAAACUGUGCAGACUGGUCUAAUGUGUGUUCUAAGCAAAAUGUUACUGCAUUUCCUGCUGUAAAGAUGUACAAGGAAGGUGAGAACCCCGUGUCUUAUGCUGGUAUGCUAGGAACUGAAGAUCUCCUCAAGUUCAUCCAGCUCAACAGGAUUUCAUAUCCAGUGAACAUAGCAUCGAUUCAAGAAGCAGAGAAAUAUUUAAGUGGGAAAUUAUAUGAAGAUCUGUUCACCUAUGCAAGUGUAUCUGUACUGGGUUUAUUCAGUCCAGCCAUGACAACAGCAAAAGAAAAAUUUCUGGAAGCAAGAAACUACUUAAAAGGACAUGUCAUCAUUGGAAUUUAUUCUGAAGCUGAUGUUUGGAUACUGUCAAGCAAAUAUGCUGCACCUCUUCCAGCCCUUCUGCUUGCCAGGCCCAAAGAAGGCAAAAUAGAGUGCAUCCCCUUAGCUGGCACCCAUGUGCAUGGCAUAGUUCAAAUAAUGGCGAGAGCAGUACUGGAAAUAUUUCCAGAAAUCACUGUAGAAAAUCUUCCUGCAUAUUUAAGACUUCAGAAACCAUUACUCAUUUUAUUCAGUAAUGGCAGCAUAAGUCAUCAGUAUAGGAAAGCAAUACUAACACUAGUGAAGCAGAAGCAGUUGGAUUCACUUACUCCCUGCUGGUUAAAUUUAAAGAACACUCCAGUGGGGAGAGGAGUCUUGAAGUCAUAUUUUGGCUCUCUGCCUCCCCUCCCUCAGCUUCUUUUGGUGAAUGUGUAUUCAGGUGGCCAAGUAUUUGCAUUUCCUUCAGACCAGUCUAUUACUGAAUAUAACCUUGUGUCAUGGCUUAAGAACUUAGAAGCAGGACUGGAAAAUCCUAUCAAAAAUUUAUCUGCUCAGGAAUGGAAGCCUCCUCUUCCAGCUUAUGAUUUCCUCAGUAUGAUGGAUGCUGCUGAACCUCAACAUCCCACCAAGAAAGUUCCCACAUGUGUGAAAGAAACAGAUAAGCAGGAAAGUGAGAAGGGAGAGCAGGAACCAGAGCCCACCAGAAAGGAACCUGUUCAAACACUGAGGAUAAAGCACUGGAAUAGAAAUUAUUGGUCUAAAGAAGCAGAAAAGCCAUUUAGGCAUGAAAAAGAGUUAUAAGCUAACUUCAAAGGGCUGUCCUCUCUUUUUGGCUGGCACUCAAGAACUUAUUUCAUUAAGGAAUAAUACAAGAUCAUUAUAAGUUUCUAGACCAGUGCCACUCAGGAGAAUUAUAAUGCAACUUACAUGUAAAGUUUUCUUAUAGUAGCUACAUUUAAAAUGAGCAGGUGAAAUUGAUUUUUAAAAUGUAUUUUACCUGGUAAGUAUGCCCAAAGUAACUUAAUAUAAAAACAUAGGGAAAUUUCUUUUUCAUAGCAAGUCUUCAAAAAUAGUGCAUGUUUUAUACUUACUGCCAUUUCUCACAAUGGAGUAGCUAUGUUUCAAGUACUUAUUAGAUACAUGUGGUACAUAACUAUUUUGUUGGACAGCUCAGUAAGUAUCAAACAAAACCCAGUAUAAAUAACUUAGGUCUAGCCAUGACAUAAUUUGGAAUAAAAUCAAAAUGGGACUCUUGAAUUGUAGAUAACUCUGCAGUGGAAUCAUACAGCUGUCAGUUAUGCUUAUUUUCUUGUACUUUUGAUGUUACAGCCAGUAUCUUUUAGUUUUGUACCCCCCCCCCCCCCCCGGGACUCUUGGCAGUGCUGAAACAUUUUUGAUAGCAUGACUAAGGAUGCUAUUGGCAGCUAGGGGAUAGAGGCCAGGACGCUGCUUAACACCCCAUGUUGGCCAUCCCAUCACAAGAUUGAGUGCCCUUGUGUUAAAUGAGCCAUAGCAAAGUGGGCUCCUCAGAUUUUGUAGAUUUGUUCAAUUGCCAUGUUUGAAAAGUUUUGGGUGUUAGUGACAUUAGAUGGUAUUUAUCCUGCUUAUUAUCAUAAAUUAAUUUUUAUGUUUUCAAAAAACAAUAAGGCAAUCUUCCAAAAGGACUCAGAGUAAUACACAAGUAUAUCUGCAUAUGCAUGUUUAUAUUUUAAGGGAAUCUUAAGUUGUGCUCUUUAUUUUUAUAAAUUUCAGAUUGAACAUGAGUUUAAUAAUCUGCCAUCUCCUUGCAAGGAGAGAGACUCCCUUCUCUGAGCCAUGCCCAAAAUCUGUCCUUGUAAGCUUCAGACAGUUGAUUUCCCUGGCCAUAGGCCUCAUUUUUAUAACGAGAGUGCAAAAUUACCAAACGUUAACUUCUUUUGUUUUUUAAUUUCAAAUCACAUUCUGUAAAAUGGAUUUAUCUGUCUUCUUGUUGUGUGCAUCUUGUGAGAUUUUGGUGCUCUACUGUAUUUCUCCUUAUAAUAUCUACUUGGGUUAUCUUACUUAAAUUUGUACCUAAUGAGUUUCAUAACUGGAAUUUUAUAACUAAAUUUCAAUAAAUCUCUGCAAGAUAUUU